GAUACAUACCGGAAGUCGUGUUGUUGUUGCGACCGAGCGGAACACAAACCGGGAGGGAAACAAGAUCUAUAUUUAUAUAUAAAACGCGUUGUUUUCACUUAUAAGCAGUUCUUUUAAACGUCUGUCUGAUGCGUAGUGGUCAGAGAUGAGUGUCACUUUGGAUAUAAGACUAAAAAGAGCGAACAAAGUUUAUCAUGAAGGGGAGGUGGUGGCGGGCGUCAUCCUGCUGGUGUGCAAAGAGCCGCUGCAGCACCACGGCGUCUCUCUGAACCUCGAGGGGCUCGUCAACCUGCAGCUGAGCUCCAAGAGCGUGGGGGUGUUCGAGGCUUUCUACAACUCUGUCAAGCCCAUCCAGCUGAUCAGCAGCAACAUCGAGGUGGCCAAGGCAGGAAAGAUCCCGGGAGGAAAGACGGAGAUCCCGUUUGAGUUCCCCCUGAACACCAAAGGAAACAAAGUUCUGUACGAGACGUACCACGGCGUCUUCGUCAACAUUCAGUACACGCUGCGCUGCGACAUGAAGCGCUCGCUGCUGGCCAAAGACCUGAGCCGAAGCUGUGAGUUCAUCGUUCACUCGCAGCCUCAGAAAGCUAAAGUUGUCCCGACGCCAGUGAACUUCACCAUCACUCCAGACACCCUGCAGAACUCCAGAGAGAGGAGUGCCUUGCCAAAGUUUCUGGUCAGAGGGAAGCUAGACGCCACCAACUGCGUGAUCAGCCAGCCGCUGACCGGAGAGCUGGGUGAGAACUCUGACGUCCCCAUAAAGAGCAUCGAGCUGCAGCUGGUGAGAGUGGAGACCUGCGGUUGUGCUGAAGGUUACGCCAGAGACGCCACGGAGAUCCAGAACAUCCAGAUCGCUGAAGGCGACGUGUGCCACGGCCUCCCCAUCCCGAUCUAUAUGGUGUUCCCCCUCUUCAUCUGCCCCACGCUGGAGACCACCAACUUCAAAGUCGAGUUUGAGGUGAACGUGGUGAUGGUGCUUCACGAUGAUCACCUGAUCACAGAGAACUUUCCCCUGAAGCUCUGCAGAGUCUGAAGUCUACACAGCUCCUCUAAUGAUGAUCACUAUCUGAUUUCCUGUCAUUAAUAUACAUGAAUGUGACCAAAAGUGUUAAAUAAAGAUUUUUCUCUAAUGUUGUA